AUGCGUUAUGUUGUUGUUGAUAGCAAUAUUGUGAGUGUGCCGGGCUAUGCGGGUAGCCUUGCCGCUUCGCUGCCGGGCGGCGGGGCGGCGGCGUGGGAGCGGCUUGGUGCUGAGUUGCUACUCUCGGGGCUGGUGGCUGCCGCGCACUUCGCCUGCAUGGAGCGCCGCUGGACGGGCGCUGCGCCUGCACUCCUAGGCGCAGCAUACUGCGCUGCAAGCUUCGUCUCUAUGCCUUCAUUGAACCCGGCUCGAUCACUGGGCCCAUCCUUCGUGCUAUCCCGAUGGGAGAGCCACUGGGUGUGCUGGGUCGGCGGUCUGGGCGGCGGCGUGGCGUGCGCGCUGCUGCACGAGUGGGGCACGCGACGGCCCCGCGCCAACACCAACUCCCGCGCCUCCUCGCCAAGAGACCUGGACGAGUUGGACAAGCCUGCAUUCCCGACGCAUCAUUACCGACAUGCGCCCUCAUACUGCUCCGCGACAGCGCCGCGACCAGACAAUACUGAACCACUGUACUCUGGCAGCAAGUCACUGUACUGCCGCUCGCCGCCGCCCGCGCGCCACGCGCUGCACAGGUCGCAGUCGGUGUACAGCAAGGGCAGUAGCGCGGCCGGAGGCGGCGCGGGGGCUGGGGCGCUGGGCGCGGCGCAGUCGCUGCUGCUGCGACCGGCCGCGCAUGCCCUCGCGCUCAACCAGAACGCGCACAACGCACAGCGCGACCCCGCCUACGGCACCGCGCCAAACGGCAUCCGCCCAGGACCCGCAGGUGCAUCAGGACAAGAACGUCGCGAAUCAGUGUACAGCUCGGGGCCGCGGCGCGGGCCUCUGUCAUCCGAGGAUAGUGCGUACGGUAGCUAUGCGGCGCAUGGCACACUCACACACGGCACGCACGCCGCGCACGCUGCACACGCGAACCACGCGGCGCACGCGCACACGCACGGCCACGCCACACAGACGCGCGCAUUCCGCGGACCGCACCCACCUGAACAUUACUAGCGACGCGCCUCGCAGCACAAUAUUGCGCUGCUCUUUGACGUUUGAACGAUUUCUUAAUCGCGUCAGUUUCGUGACAAAGUGUAUAAGUGGAAAUACUAUUCGUGAGUGAUAUUUUUGAUGAACAGCAAAACGCCUGCAAAUUCCAAGAUUUUGUAGUAAAAACUGUUGCAAAAAACCUUGGCUUAUAUCUAUGUGAAAAUUAAAAUAUAAAUUAAUUAUAACUGCAAAUUACUACCUAUAUAAAAUAUUCU